CACUGAUUCGCCAGUCUCCUCUGUAUGACGACCGGGGCGAACGGAUACUAGUUCCUUCACGUCACGAAUGACACGUGUAUUCAAGAUGGCGGCCGCGGCGAUGGCGACGUGGUUGGCCCUUCUGCUGUUGUCCAUGUUGCCUGGAGGAGUACAGGCCUUUUACGUGCCUGGAGUUGCUCCAAUGAACUUCCACCAGAACAGUGCUGUAGAGAUUAAGGCCGUGAAGCUGACCAGCUCCCGGACUCAGCUUCCCUAUGAAUACUACUCCCUGCCCUUCUGUCUGCCUGAUAAAGUGGUCUACAAAGCAGAGAACCUGGGGGAGGUGUUACGCGGGGACCGUAUUGUCAACACCCUGUACUCGGUACUCAUGACCCAGGACAGGAAGUGUGAGGUGGUUUGUGCCAAGAUGAAACUCAACGUACAGCAGAGUAAGCUGGUGGCUGAGCGAAUUCAGGAGGAGUACUAUGUUCACCUCAUUGCGGACAACCUCCCAGUGGCUACGCGGCUGGAGUUCAACCCCAACAUAGAGGCAGGGGCUGAGGACAAGGAGGUGGUGAAGGAUGUUCAGUUUGAACACGGCUACAGGUUGGGCUUCACUGACAACAACAAGUUCUACCUACACAACCACCUGUCCUUCAUCAUCUACUACCACAAGGAGAAGCUGGAGGAGGGGGAAGAGCACAACUACAGAGUUGUACGUUUUGAGGUGGUUCCCCAGAGUGUCAAGGUGGAGGACCUAAAGGCGGCUAAUAAGGGGGCAUGUACCCUGCCCGAGGCCACUAACUCAGCUCCUCAGGAGAUUGACCCCUCCAAGGACAAUGACGUUCUCUUCACCUACUCUGUCCGCUGGGAGGAGAGCCAGGUGAAGUGGGCAUCUCGCUGGGACACCUACCUGACCAUGAGUGACGUGCAGAUCCACUGGUUCUCCAUCGUCAACUCCGUGGUGGUGGUCUUCUUCCUCUCUGGGAUCCUCAGUAUGAUCAUCAUCAGGACCCUGAGGAAGGACAUCGCCAACUACAACAGAGAGGAUGACAUAGAGGACACCAUGGAGGAGUCAGGCUGGAAGAACGUCCAUGGUGAUGUGUUCAGACCUCCACAGUAUCCCAUGAUCCUCAGCUCUCUGCUGGGCUCAGGCAUACAGCUCUUCUGCAUGAUCCUCAUCGUUAUCUUCGUGGCCAUGUUGGGGAUGCUGUCUCCUUCCAGUAGAGGGGCGCUGAUGACCACUUCCUGCUUCCUGUUUAUGUUCAUGGGUGUGUUCGGUGGAUACUUUGCUGGCAGACUCUAUCGCACGCUGAAAGGUCAUCGCUGGAAGAAGGGAGCUUUCUGUACGGCCACUCUGUACCCUGCCGUGGUCUUCUGCAUCUGCUUCGUCCUCAACUGUUUCAUCUGGGGAGAGCACUCGUCUGGAGCCGUCCCCUUCACCACCAUGCUGGCUCUACUCUGCAUGUGGUUCGGUAUCUCCAUGCCGCUGGUCUACUUGGGCUACUACUUUGGCUUCCGCAAGCAGCCGUACGAUAACCCCGUCCGCACCAAUCAGAUCCCUCGCCAGGUGCCUGAGCAGCGCUGGUACAUGAACAAGUUUGUGGGCAUCCUGAUGGCUGGGAUUCUACCGUUUGGUGCCAUGUUCAUUGAGCUCUUCUUUAUCUUCAGUGCAAUCUGGGAGAACCAGUUCUACUACUUGUUUGGUUUCCUCUUCCUGGUGUUCAUCAUCCUGGUGGUGUCCUGCUCCCAGAUUAGUAUUGUGAUGGUCUACUUCCAGCUCUGUGCAGAGGACUACCGGUGGUGGUGGAGGACCUUCCUGGUAUCAGGGGGCUCAGCCUUCUACGUCCUUGUUUACGCCCUUUUCUACUUUGUCAACAAGCUGGACAUUGUGGAGUUUAUUCCUUCCCUGUUGUACUUUGGCUACACGGCUCUCAUGGUCCUGUCCUUCUGGCUCCUCACGGGGACAAUCGGCUUUUACGCAGCAUACAUGUUCAUACGGAAGAUCUACGCUGCCGUCAAAAUCGACUGACUUUUGUUUCAGCUGUUUGUUUUUUUUUGCCACAUUUAUUUUUUGUUUUUUACAUUUUUAUUCUUUAUGUCCAACAAGCACUGGCUUGUGUGUGUUUGUGGACGCAAGGACGCGUAAGGUGGUGUUUGUGGAACAGUGACCGAUUUCCCCCCCCCCC